GUCUACUAGAGCGCGUCUUGCGUGUGACGUCAUACGCACAGCUCUCCGGAGCACCAUGGCGGCUUGUGCAGCACGGCGCAGCCUGUCGGUGCUCACCCGGUUGCUGCGGGGAGGCCUCUCAAACAGUGUCGGCGUUGAACUCCGGCAGUCUCGGUCCGCUCUGCUGAGGCCUGUCUGCGGCUGUCGCUUUCAGCAGGACCGGACGCUCUCCUCUAGAAACCGGCCAGAAGGUAAAGUCUUGGAGACCGUGGGGGUUUUUGAGGUGCCAAAGCAACAGGGGAAAUAUGAAACGGGUCAGCUCUUCCUGCACAGCGUCUUUGGAUAUCGAGGUAUCGUUCUAUUUCCAUGGCAGGCAAGGUUAUACGAUCGAGAUGUUGCAUCACCUGUCUCAGAAAAGUCAGAGACUUCAACAGUUCAUGGCUCCAAAGAGGUCAAGGGCAAAACACACACCUAUUACCAAGUCCUAAUAGAUGCAAGGGACUGUCCCCACAUAUCACAGAGGUCACAGACAGAAGCAGUAACGUUCCUUGCAAAUCAUGAUGAUAGUCGAGCUUUGUAUGCAAUUCCUGGUUUAGAUUAUGUAAGUCAUGAAGAUAUACUUCCAUACAACUCCGCCGAUCAAGUCCCCAUACAACAUGAACUAUUUGAAAGGUUUCUGAGCUAUGAUCAAACCAAAGUACCGCCGUUUGAGGCACGGGAAACGCUUCGUGCAUGGCAAGAGAAAAAUCAUCCUUGGCUUGAGCUUUCUGAUGUGCAUAGGGAGACUACAGAGAACAUCCGUGUCACAGUGAUCCCUUUCUACAUGGGAAUGAGGGAAGCUCAAAAUUCCCAUGUCUACUGGUGGCGUUACUGCAUCCGUCUGGAGAACCUCGGUGUUGAAGUAGUUCAGUUGAGGGAGCGUCAUUGGCGGAUUUUUAGCCUUUCGGGUACCCUGGAAACUGUGAGAGGUCGUGGCGUUGUGGGCAGGGAGCCAGUACUUUCUAAGGAGCAGCCAGCUUUCCAGUAUAGCAGCCAUGUAUCCCUGCAGGCUUCCAGCGGCCAUAUGUGGGGAACGUUCCGGUUUGAGCGGCCUGAUGGUUCACACUUUGAUGUCAGAAUUCCUCCUUUCUCCUUGGAAAGUAAUAAAGAUGAGAAAACGCCCCCAUCUGGUCUUCACUGGUAGUGACGUCCACACAGCCUUGACUGAAAAGUACUUUGUAGAACUUUAUCAGACCAUUGUGAUGCAGACGUCGUCCGAAGGAAGCGCUGUUAUACUUGCUUCCCAAUCUAUUUUUGUCUAGUUAUUGGAAGGAGGAUUUGUGUUGGAAACCAUGGUCUUGGUACAGAAGCUGCUUUCAUAGUAAAUUUCUACACGGCUGAGCCUUGCCCCAUUUGCACAUCCUCCCAAGAGCCCGAUUGGAAUUUAAUUUCAUUAUUAUUUUUUUUUUCUUCUUCUUCAGGGUUUAUUAAUUUUUUUUUUUUUUU